UGAUCAUGCAGCUAACAGUCAUAAAUACAACACGGUAUGUUCAACUUCGAACUUUAAUUUAAGCUUUUGGUAGCGAAGAAGAUUUUCAAACACAACCAGCAGCUGUACCAUCAGUUAGUACUACAAGGCUGGAGUAAAGUCAGCGAAGAUAAAGUUGAUUAGAACCAGCCAAUCACAGGAACCAGGCUGCCAAAAAAAGUUUGAGCAGACAAAUGAAUCAAGAUCGACAUAGAAAACACAGUGUUCAUGAUGGAUUGGCACUGCAAUUACCGGAUGAAGUCAAAUAAUGGAAAGGCAAACAGGAAUCUACAUGGUACAUCCAGUGCUUUGAAGCUGUAGCUGUUGAGACAUAGAUCUAGGUGUCAUUUACAAUGGAUGGGUACCAAAAUACCCAAGACAAUCUACCUAACCAUAUUCAUUUUAUCAUUAGUGGUCUUGAUAUCAUCAUUAAGGACUUGAAAAAAACACCUGAAGAAAGGAAGGCAUUGAGUAAGCUAGUCGAGGUGAUAGAGAACACCUGCUGCCAAGGAACAAAUAUUGUGUGCUUGGGUCCUAAUGAUGCAAAACCAUUAGAGAAACACGCAAACUUGAAAAGAUUCCUCCACAAAUUUGAGUCUCUUUUUACGGUCACUUUUACAAAGACUGAACUAAAAUCAGACAGAACCAGAACUGCUAAGGAGGUUGUUGAUGAUUUCUUUUAUUCAGCAAUUGUUGAUGUAGCUUUGCUUGUGUGUGGAGGUAUCAAUGAUGGACGUGAGCUCCAUUCUAAGAUCAACACUUUAGACAACCCUGUUUUUGUCACUCUGGGUCACAACUUUGAAGAAUUCAUGGCUUCUCUUCGCAGCCAGAAAGAUGUUUUUAACAUAACAGGGAACUGUGUUUCCUUGAAAGAAGAUGAUGCUCUGCAUAGUGAUGUGGAACAUUCAUCAAUGGAACCAGCCUCUGAAUGUAUCCAUUCUGAAACUGAGAAACAUGACAUUGGUUUGAGUAAAACAGCCCCUACAACGAGUGUGAACCCUUCAUCAGGAUAUGAAGAUCAGCUUAGUGCAGAAAACCUUGUUGAUUCUGAAGUUCUGGGUGCUACUGCAUCACCUUUGGACAUCACUGAGAAUGUAUCCUCACCUCCAGCUGGUUGCAAUUCGCCAGCGAUCAAUGAUAGACAUUCAUCAACUCAGGAACAGGCAUCUUACACACAGUCAUCAGUAGAUAAAGAGGUUGGUGGUUCCUGGACUUGGGAGACUAGACUGGCAAACAGAGUAUAUGAACAUCAGCUUCCUAGAGUAUCAGCACUAGAAGGUGUGACGUCCCAGAGAAUUGAACCAACACAUUGCCUAGUGACAAUUGUAAAGGAGUGUGGUUUCUUUGACAAGCUCUUGAUGAGGAAACUCUCGGCUUACAUGGAACCAAUCAUUGGCAUCUCUAGCUCAAAUGGCUGGCUUCUGGUCCACUUCUGGGAAGGAGAAACCUAUGCCAUUGACGUGGGUGCACUCUCAAAUAGGUCUGAUCGGGUCAUACCUUCUGAAACGAAGAUAGCUGGUGGGACACCAGAUAAUAUUCACAAGUGGGCCAUAAUUAACUCUGUUGGUCAGUUUCUGAAUGAUGACUCAAUUCUAAAGGUUGUGUAUGAUGCUGAAUUGUUGUCUCAUGAGCUUGGAAAGAAUGCUGGUUUGAAGAUUGUUCGAGUCUUUGACGUCUUGAAAGCAGAUCGUAUUAUACGUAGGCACAGGCACCUAGUUCCUCUAGUAGAACUGUUGCAUAUCUAUGGAGUGGCACCAGCCAGCAGUGUAGAAAUAGCAGUUGGCUCUGAGGAAGCACCACUUCCCAAAGACCCUUUAGAUUACUGUGGAAAAUCACAGAGACUAGCUAUCACAGACUUGAGAGAAACUGCCCGGGUUUCAUCUAAAAUCAUCCCUUUUCUGUACCAAACAAUGUUAAGUAUAAUGUCUGCUCCCAUGCUGGAAACUUUGAACAACUGUUCCAAUGCUUCUGAACAGAGUCUGCAGCAGUCAGACUGGUGGUAUGACCUAGGAAGAGAAGACAUGGUCACUGGUCCUGACAAGGAACCAACUCACGUUUCUUCAUAUGCGACUGGUCUUGAAGGCUUGGUUCAAACAGGAAGUGAAUCCAUGCGUCCAGCUCCUCAUCUAGGAAAUGGCAAAAAACAACACGAGGAACUUGGAGAGUGUAAAGAAAUUUUGAGUAAGAAUGGCAAAAGAAGAAAGAGAAAGAAGGAAAGGAAAAAGGAAAGAGAAUCUUUGGCCCAAUUACAAAGUAACACAAUUUCAGCUUCUGUAAAAUUGCAAAGUUAUAAAAUUUCAGAUGCUGUUACCCAAGGAGGCACCAGUAAGGAAAAACAAAAUAAGAUGCAGAGCGAUCUUAAGUCAAAGAAAAAAGAUAAAUUAGGGGAGAAAGUUAAGAAUGUUGUCAAUGCAAAGGAAAAGCCACAAGCCAAAGGAGAUAUUGGAGCAUCUUGUCUAACAUAUACCAAAGGGCAACUCAAACAGACUCAUUCUAAAGAAAAAGAAAAGGACCAUGUGGCACAACCAGAUGUGUCAAAGAAUAUAAAAAGAAAGAGCAAUAGUGCACCCAAGGCCAUGGACGAAGCUAUUUCCACCAAACACCUAGUUACUGCAAAAAGUUCUACCAAAGACAAGCAAAAGAAAAUGCAUGAGCCAAAGAAGGAGAAUGGUAUGAUUGCAAAGAAAAGUAGGGUAACUUCAGAGAAGAAUUCUGUUCAGUCUCCAAAACAGAACAUUUCAUCUAACAGUCAUCACAGUCCUGGUGCCAGCAUUAAGACUGGUCAAAAGCAGAUGCCACCAUCAAAAGGGCAUGGUGAGAUAAAGGCAGGAAAAGCAAAUGAAAAGGGAAAAUCUGACCUCACAAAUAUGAGAGAUCAAGGAAGUUCAUCUAAACAUUCUCACUCUCCAAAUGAGAAUGUCAACAAAGAAACAAGGCAGUCAUCAUCUAAGAAUGAUGUGAAGAAAAACCUGAUCGUAAAAGACGAUGUGGAAACCAAGUCAAAGAAGAAGAAAAAUACUUCUAAAAAGCUUUCCAACAAGCCAGCUACUGAAAUUGUUAAGGUACAUAUGAUAUCUGAUAUUACUCAGCAACAGCCAGUCCUGCCUACAGACUGUCAUGCUGUAAAGGAGGACUCCGGUGUCAGCUCUGCUCUUAGUUUCACAGAACUAGACCUGAUGUAUUUCAAAGAAGAUGAUCAUUCUUUGAGAAAUCCAACCACUGAAUCUCAAGAUUAUCUUAAUCACAUUCAGGACCCUCCACAAGGUCAUAAGAUGCAGCAAAUUUGUCAAGAUAUGGUAGAUGCGGAUGCUGAUUUCAUAACUAUUUCAUAUCCAUCGCAUACAUUUCAGCAAAGCAGUCAGCAGAAGAAGAAUAUGCCAAGAGGUGAUUUUGAGGAAAGUCUUCAGAGUGAGCAGUACUGGAAAAGUGAUGUGAAAACUGACAGGAAUGAUGAAAAUGUCAAUCAGGAGAUCGCAAAUCAUUCUGGUGAUAAGCAGUCACACAAACUAUCGCCAAUGCAAAAACUAAUGCUCCACCAGCAUGCAUUGCCAGACCAGCAGCAGCAAGAUGAGCCAAUAGGAGACCAACUUAUUUAUUGCGAUGCGCCGAACAUAGGGGUGCCAAAUGAAAAUCAGAAUGCAGACACCUCAAAUGAAGCUGAUGAAGCUACACAAAUGCAGCAACAUUACAAUCAAGUACAACCACAAGAACAGCCACAAAAUACUCUUUUGGAGCAUCAACAGAUUUCAAAUUUGCAGCUGCAUGUGAAUUACCCACAGCACCUGCAAACUUCACAUGUGCAGCAUCAACCAUUGCAUGUGCAUCAACAACCACAACUACCAUCAGAGCGUACUCUUGUUAGGAACAUCCAUCCUUGCGUGAAUGUAGCAGGAAGUCAUUACAAUCCUGUGAAAGCUGUAGGGCUAAGUUGGUGCAACCCUAGCAAUCCAAUGAAUACAGGAAUGAUGGCUAACACAACUCUACAAACAAGCUCUCAGAUGCCACUGGGUGUCUUGCUACAAGGUCCAGCUCUCCCUUUACAACAAGGGUUUCCUCUCAUGCAGUGGGAGCAACACGGAAAAAGAAAGGUCAAGGCUUCUCCAGAAACCAAGCUAUCUACCACUCCACAAUGGAUGAAGCCAAUGGUUUUGCAGUUUGAGGAGGGCAACAACCCAUUCUUUGUUCAUCCGCUCAGUGAGCAAGCUGCUAUACCAAUCAAUCCAUGCCACCUUACCGAUGAUCAAGAUGAAGAAUUUGAUGAACUUUUUGGAUCGGAUGUGAUGAAGUUUGUUGAAGCUUUCCCUGAAAACAUUCGACUGGCUCUACACCAACUCCAAGAAAACCCAAAUUAUUCCUUCAUUCAGUUGGCAGAGGUCAUCUUGGAUGUUGGCAGGAAACCCAAAGCACGGUACCUGAAGUCUGGAUUUGGGUCUAAAAUGAUUGAAAAAGUUUUGGAUCAUGAUGAGUUAACCAAACAGGAAUUGAAGACUAUCUUAGAAGGAGAGAGCUUUGUCAAGAUAUCCAAAACUCAGGUUACUAUCAGAGAUACCCUUCAUAGACUCGGUCUACUUGCAAAUCGACAAGGAGAGGUCAUCGGCAUAACAGCUAAGGUUGAACACCCCCUUCCAGGAUGCCUCAGUCCAUUAUAUGAUGUAUUCAACAAGGGCAAGUCCAUUCUGGUUCUUGGGCCUACAGGGGUGGGCAAGACAACUCUGCUGAGGGAAGCAGCAAGAGUGUUAAGUGAUGUGGAAAAGGAAAAUGUUAUGAUCAUUGACACAUUAUCAGAGAUAGCUGGAGAAGGGGACAUUCCACACCAAUCUGUUGGAACUGCUCGCAGGUUACAGGUUAUAGAAAGAAAUCUCCAACACACAGUCAUGAGGGAAGCCUACCAGAACCACAGACCCAAGGUCGUCAUCAUCGAUGAGAUAUCCAGCCUGGAGGAUGCCAAGACAUGCCUCACGAUGAGGCUACAUGGGAUCCAACUCAUUGCAGGUGUCCACGGUCAGACCAUUGCAGAUGUCCUUCUGAACCCUGCCCUUGCACCCAUCACAGGAGCAACCAUGGAGAGCAGCACUGUGGAUAACCCAGGAGGAAAGAAAGUGAGAUUGAGGACCGGUCCUGCUGUGUUCAAUGUUGUGGUCGAGAUGCUAGAGAAAGAGCGUUGGGUCAUCCACUGGGACUUUUCAUGGGCCAUUGAUGCACUCUUACCUGGUGGAAGCAGGACGUUGGAGGUGGAGGAAAGGAAAGUCGUCAAACUUGAAGGUGAUGCUGACUAUGGGCUGGUUGGCCAACAGGUCCUUGCAAUGCAGAUGCCUGCUAAUUAUAAGAUAUACUCAGGCUGAGGUCUUCAGGCGAUACAAAAUUAAAAGCAGCUGUGUUGUAUCAUAUCAUUCUGGAAGGUGAUACCCAGGGGAGCAUUUUAUGAAAGUUGUCAGACAUUUUAUGCAACAAGUCCUGUUUUAGCCGACAGUUAUUAUAGUAUCAGUGCUACUAUAAUAAUAAUAAUAAUAAUACUUCUCUUAUAUAGCGCAUAUAAACUGAAAGUUUCUCUACGCGCUUUACAAAUAAGCCAAUAAGGCAAGUUUUCAGAUCUGACAACGUCAGAUGAAAUGUUGAUGAAACACUCACCUGAAAUCGACCUCCUCUCUUAUUCCAAUCAAGGCGAGCAUUUGGUUCUUCUUUGAGAUUAGUAUUUAGUUCUCAUUACUCUAUGUAUCAGGGAUAUAACAUCAGUUGGGGAUGGUAGGAUCUUAAUUGAUGGUGGGGAGAUGGAAGGGGAAAUGUAUGCAACUAAUAUGGAAGGAAAUUAAAAUAAAGCAAAGCCCCCCCCAAAAAAAAAAAUGGUAUCCACAAUGAAAAAAUACGAAAGCCUUCUAUUCUUUUAACUUUUUUCUUUUCUAAGUUAGUCUUGGCUACAAAUAUUAAAUCUUCAAAAGAACGUUAAAUGGAAAAUUUUAACUGUCAUGAACUGUGAAUACAAAUGUUUUAUGUUGCUCAUUAUUCAUAAAAGAUAAUACUUUCAUGUCUUAAAGAAACUUUCUAUUCAGUGUGCUAAAAAGUGUUUUCUGAGGCAUUGUGACCUUUGAUAUUUUCAUUAUUUUAUUGUAUCAACAGUAUUGCCUUGUCAUGCGCUGUUAGCUACCCCAGCAGCGCAUCAAACUUUCAGUUGCUCUCGCCUGCCCCUGAGUGCUAGCUUCCAUCACACUGGUGCUCCCUAGAUAAGUAUUUGAGAGUAGGAGACUUCCAGGGAAAUCUAAGCUCAAGAAAUCAUUCUAAAUUCAAAGUUUAUAUAUAUCUGAUGACUGAUGACUAAAGAACAUAGAAAUAGGUUCAAACUUACUAUAGAUUCAAUGCAGACUCUAGAUGAAAAAAAACCUGAGAAUCUUUUUUUUUUGGUGCUGACUGAUACAGCCAGGUGGGCAUGCUAGGGAGCUCAGAUGAGGUGAAUACAAAGCAACUAGAAAAUCAGUUUACUACAAAAUGUGCUGGCCUAGCCUAGCCUGGCGUGUGUUAUAGUAUUGAAAUGUAUAGCAACAAGUGACCUGUACUUGAACAGACACAAGAAGUUGCUUUGAAAUUUCUGUGUCAAUUGCAGAUUUAUAUAGUUUUUUAAUCGUGCGUGUAACUUGGAGUGGUAGUUGCAACCUCUAAUGAUGAGUAUGAUAAACAAUUUCAGAUGUAAAUGAGUAUUGAAUAUAAGUAUUAUAAACAAUUUCAAAUGCAGGUGAGUACUGAGAAUAAGUAUUAUUAAACAAUUUCAAAUGUAAGCAAACAAUCAAUGUUGAUUUCAGGCAAUGAAACAUUCGCACUUAGGCAACACCAUUCUGGUUGUACAUGUAAUAAGCUUUUAUUUACAGUUUCACUUUUGAAAGAUAGCUGCAUUGAGAUGCCCUGGAAUUUAUUGUCUUGCCACAUUUACCAACAGUAAUUACUUGCUUGCUACUAUAAAUUGUGUCAUUUCUUUUAUUUUUGCUUUGAGUGUGCUUCCAAUGGUAAGUGGCAAUCAAAACAUUCUGAGGUUUAUAUUGUGAUAAUGGCUGUAAAAAGUAUUAGAAUUGAAUUGAACAAUUGAAUCAUUAUAAUGCAAUUUUCCUUGGCUUUGAUUAUUAGCAAAGGAAACAACAUUACAUUACCCUUUUAUUUGUGAAUAAGAUGUUAAUUAUUUCUAAUUGUAAAAAAUAUUGUUUUGUCUACUUUUCUGUGAAUAUAUAUAUAUAUAUAUAUACACAAUAUUUAAAGAUAUUCCUAUAAAAUAUGUAUAACAUACCGGCGAUCUACUUUAUGGUUUGAUUACAUGUAGAGCAUGUUGAAUAAGCCUCAUCAUUUUGUUAUUACCCUUUUCAUAACACUUGUCUUGUCCAUAGAAUUCUAUGACAAAUUUGUUCUGUUAUUAAAAUUGCUUGUAAUAGCUUGUAACUUCUGGCUUUCAGAGUACUCUCCCUCAACCUAUUUACCUGUCAAUACCGCCCCCUGUGUUACCUGUCUCUUAUUCCUUCUAAGUUUUCUAAAUUUCUUUCUCUUUCCUUUGUUAUCUUUGGUCAUGUUUUGAAGAUGUUAUGAUUGUUAUGUGUACAUGUAUAUUGAUUCGUUUGUCGUAUUUUAUCAUACGAUGUAAAUUCCUUCCAAUACAGCUGUGGACUGCCAUGUGGUUUCUAAUAAAUACCUAUUCAAAUUCAAACUUCCAUUGAUACCACAUUUCAUAAAAUAAACCGUCCGUAACUAUGGAAAGCCAGCAAAGUCAACAUAUGAAAUGUUUACUCCAAAGAUUUGUCUACAUAUGAAUGUUUAUCCAUAACUUCAUUGAUUACUUGACAAUUUGGUGUGUUCUCCUUUGUUUACAAAGGGCAUUUCGCAAAUUUCCUAUAGAAAAAAUUAUGACACUGGUGGAUUACCAUAGAGUUACGAUUGAUUGGAUCAAUCAUAACUCUUUGUAAGAUGGGGCCCAGGCAUCUUCCUUGGUGACUGGUAUUGAUGAAGGCAUUAUUUUCUUUGUCAUCUGUCCCAUUAUUGUUCAAGUGGUAACUAAAUAACUAUUUGAUGGAUCAACUUCAAACUUGGGUCAUAUAUGCAUGAUAUAUAGAAAUUAGUGAAGCUGAUCAGGGCUCCGUAACACAAAGGUUUGCGAUGGAUUGCAAAUA